AUGAGCACUAAAAGCCCAAUCAAGAAAAUCGUCAAAGAUGAGCAGGCUGCUUCAGAAAAGAGGUCCACCCCGAGCCAACUGACGAAUGGCAACAUGAACAUAAAACAGGAACAACCCUCCGAGGAGCCUGACCACACUCUUCUCUCGGACCCUGAGGACUACUUGGAAGAGAAUGAAUCGCUAGAUAUGAAUCUUUCACAAGGAGGUCAAAAGGUCUGGCUUGUGAAGCUACCUAGGUAUUUGGCAGAGAGAUGGACGAAGAGAGAAUCCCUUAAUGGUCAACAGUUGGGACAUGUCAAGAUUAGACAGAACAAUGGUGGAGGAGAGAGCUCAAGUAACACUCCAAGUGGUGGAAAUGACCAGAAGAAGAAACUAGAGGUGAAGCUUGUCCUCAACGACCUGGAAGAUAAUCAAGAUAUCCCACAGGAGUACGAUUUAUCCAUCUUGAACACUCAGGUACACAACUCCUAUGUGUUCAGCGAGGAGAACUUAAAGAGAUUUAAACAAGAAGUCACAGAGAUGGGUGACAUGCCCGAUCAGCCACAGCUCAAAGAUCUCGAUCCAGAUAAUACCCAAAGACCUGCAAAAUACUACCGAGUCGAGAAGAACGGCCCUGAUGGUGAAUCCCAAAAGCAGGCGGUUCCAUUUGUUAAGACUAUUCCUAAGAAAACCAAUUUGGUGGGUAAGAUUGUGCAUGAUUGUCAGAUUGUUCCUCUGAAGUCCGAUUCCAAGUAUGCUCAAAUGUUGAUGAAGAGACAGAAUAUGCCUUUGACCAAGGAAAGGCCAAAGGUUACAUUCCUCAACGAAAUUCCUGGUGUCGUGCAAUCUCUGGCUGGUCCUUCGCUUGCGGGCAAGUCUACUUCAAUGUUCUUAAAGUCCAACCCACAGAAGUCGAAGAACGAGGGUCGUGCCAUCAGAAUGCCCAAAAAAGAUUUAUUGGAUUUGCUUUUCCGUUUAUUCGAAGAGUACGAAUAUUGGUCCAUUAAAGGUCUCAAGGAAAGAACUAAGCAGCCCGAAACAUACCUUAAAGAAUCCUUGGAGUCCAUUGCCAGCCUCAUCAAAAAGGGUCCUUACACAUCCAAGUACCACUUGAAACCAGAAUAUAGAAGAUUGAGGGAUGCAGAGAGAGCUGCCAAAAUUGAAGGGAAUGAAGAUGAGAAGAAGGACGAUGACGACGACGAAGAUAUGGAGGACGUUAUUUAG